AUCUGUCACUUUCACUUGAGUUUGAAUCUUGUGUUGAUAAAAGUUCUACAAACUUCAAUCAACGUAACUACCUACUUUGCCGACUCCUACACGAAAAGUAAACAGUUCACUUUUAUCUUAUUUCGCGUACAAACGGUGUUAUCUGGCGUUGCUCUAAUUAUUAAAAUACCAGUGAUUCUACUCCAGUUCCGCAAAGUUAUCAGUGAAAAGUACCAUAAGAAACACGACACUUUAAUAUUUUGAAAAUGUUGAAACUCCUACUACUCGCGUGGUUUUUAAUCGGCGCGGUUAACUCUGUAAAUUAUGAAGAAUAUUAUGAGGUAUUGGGUAUUUCAAAAGCAGCUUCAACAGGGGAAAUAAAAAAAGCUUACAAGAAGCUGGCGGUAAAAUACCAUCCGGACAAGAAUCCUACCGAAGAAGCUCACAAGAUGUUUGUUAAAAUAACAGAAGCUUACGAAGCAUUAAAAGAUCCAGAGAAAAGAUCUAACAAUGCCUAUAGUUUUAUGAACAAGCAACCAUUCUAUUCUGGGGAGGAGUAUGACAGAUUGUUACACGAUGGCCUCUAUCACAACGAUCCCUUCGUUGACAACUUAAAUGAAGACAACUUUAACAAUUACUUGAAGACUGGUUUCUACUUCAUAAACUUCUAUUCACCAUUCUGUCCGCCUUGCCGUAAUCUAGCCAGCAGUUGGAAGAAGCUAGCAGAAGUGUACAAUGGAAUUGUUAAUAUAGCCGCUGUAAACUGUAAAAUCCAACCUCAGUUUUGUUUCUCCCGAAUGCGUAUACACAGUCAUCCUACACUUCUGUUUUAUCCUAAUGGUAAAAAAGGCGGCGUCGUCUACUACAACGGGGAUUUGAAACUGGACUCUUUGGAGGAUUACAUAAUGAUGUUCCUACGCAACCACAUGAACAUCCCCACCAUAGACCAGUUGAGGAGCAAGGACAAACGGAUGGCGUAUGUGCUAGGAUCCACCAUGAUCGAGAGGGAUGACCUUACUAGAAUCGCUUUUCAUUUGAAUGGUGUAGUAACCUUCGCUAUAGUUGAAGACGAGGACCUCCGUAAAAAGCUGACGUCCAACGAACAAGCGACAGUCGUGUACAAGUACAAGGAUGUUACCAAGGAAAUAGAAAGCGUGGACGAAAUGGAAAUAGUCGAGGAUAUCGUUCGUCAUUUACCCAAAGUUGAAGUUAUUGGGCCGGAGAAAUUUAAGAAAAUCAGGAACAGUUUACGAACUGGAUCGCAAAAAACGUGGGUACUCUUCUUCUCAACCAAGAACAAGAAUCGAUUGCAGCUGCAUCAGAUGAUUAAUGCAUUCCCUGAUAUGAAUUUCGGUGAAAUAAACUGCGACAAAAUGCCAGAGCUAUGUGCGUCAUUACACGUGGAGUCUGCACCGGCGUGGGGGGUGAUGAAGAAGGGGGGAGUGUACCAACGCGCCCCACCUGGUGCCGACGUCAAGGACUUCAUACAGACCGCUACUGCAGCACUGAACCUUCACACAUUGUCACCUUCAGAUCUUCAGAGGAUAUUGGAUGGAGAGGACACAAGUAUCUGGGUAUUACUCCUGGCCCCGUACGGCACUCAAUGGGAGCACAUCAUCGAACCGUUCACUCAAGCCAGUUUGGACCACCUGGACAAGGAAAAUGUUAAUUUCGGCAUAAUGUCGUGUACUGCUAAGACAGCGAAGUACUGCACGCAAGUAUCGUACCAGCCCGUGGUAGUAAUACAAGAUGGAGCCAAACGCAAGAUGUACCAGAAGCGGGACUACGGGACCUUAAUGACGGAUUUCAUUGACAUGGCUGUUAAUAGUCAAGACAUAGAACUGACGGAGCAACAACUGCUGGAGAUAAUGCAGGUGUCGUCUCGCCAGUACACGUGGCUGCUCGCGUUCGUGCCGGCCGGCAGGCCGUGCGGGUACACCUGCGACAACCUGCCCUACGAGUGGAUGGUGGUCGCCAAGAAGUUACGUCCGCUGAAGUUCGUGCGCGUGGGCAUAUUGAACUGCGCGACCAAUCCCACAGACUUCUGUGCCAACGUGCGCUGGCCGACUGCACGGAUAUAUCCUGUCGCCUCCACUGAACAUAUCAGUAUCAACCUACAAGAGUUGGCACAAGCGCCCUACAUAUUGGAAUGGGCACUCGAGCAUAUUGUGGACUCCGCACAGAAACUCAACUGGCAAGUGUUCUCUAAGAAAGUCAUCGCUGAAGAACUGAAUCCUACUGGAACGAAGAAACCUUGGCUGGUAUAUUUCCAUUCACCAAGAUGUUUCAGCUGCUAUGAGAAGUAUCCGGCCUUUGCGAUCGCUGGCUAUUUCCUAAACAACGCUAUACAGAUGGGCCGAGUGAACUGCAUCUCUGAACGUGGUAUAUGUCAGCAGGAACAAAUAAUGUCUUAUCCCACCCUUAAACUAUAUCUCAGUAGAAACCAGCGGCAAAGAUUCAGCACCGUCAUCAACAUACCUCUGAGAGACUAUGAAACUGUGUUGAAAGAAGUAAAGUAUCAUAUAAGGAAAUACGAUGAAAGUUUACUAGCAGGUAUAGAACAAAAUGUAAGAAAAAGUAUACAUAUACAUCAUGACGAAUUCUAGUUGAAUCUCUUUAAGCUCUGUCUCGUGUUCCCAGUUUUGCUUUGUGGUUUGAUAAAGGAACUUCAUUGGCUAGUCAUAAAGUUUACAUUGCUGUGAAUCUGAAAUGUUAAUUAAUUAGGAACUUUUCGAAUAGUAAUGCUUAUUCUGUUUAUUAAUCAAUGCAAAGUUAUAAAGUCAAUCAAUAUUUUUGAUUCACAGCAAUAUGUUACUAUUUCUUAUUCAUUUUGUAUGAAUUUGCCUUUAAUUAUACCUAGCUGAAAUAAUUAGUUAGCCAGCUUCCAUCAUACAAAGCAUUUUAUGAUAAAACUGGAAACAUGAAACUGAGAAGUAGAAAUAAGUAGACCCAAUUGUCAAUUAAUUAAAUUUAAAAUUGAGGCUAACUCGAAUCACAACUCGUAUACUAAUUAUUUUAAUUUAAUUUUCUUUAAAAUUAAUACUUUGUUACCAUACAAGAUUAACUCGUAUUUAUAAUGUGGAUAUUUUGUGAUACUGAAAGAUCUUAUGUCUUAAUCCAGUUCUUUAGAGAAACUGCCAGCUGUCAUGUAAUAUUGUAGUAUGAUUUAUACUAAUACCCAAGCUAUUUGGGAUCGACAUCAUGUUGCAUUUAUUUGUAUCUAAGUGAUUGUGUGU